AUGGCUGUGCUGGAAGACCGAGCUCGGAUGCAACAGUUGAAGGAAGCUCUUUUUGAGAGCCUUACGGCCAUCUUAUCUCCCAUGCAGGAGGUCAGGACGGCCGGUGAAGAACAGAUAAAGGCUUUGGAAGUCACAGAAGAAUUUGGUGUCUUUCUUGCUGAGUUUGUAGUUGAUAGGAGUGGACCACUUGCAGUGCGACAACUCUCCUCAGUCUUGCUGAAGCAGUAUGUGGAGGCUCACUGGUCUAGGCACUCGGAGAAAUUCCGAUCACCAGAAACUUCUGAUGCUGCCAAAAAGGAGAUCCGCCGCAUCCUUCCCCAUGGGCUUGGAGAAUCUAUCAGCAAAGUGCGUUCGAGUGUGGCAUAUGCUGUGUCUGCUAUCGCCCACUGGGAUUGGCCGGAGGAGUGGCCUGAUCUGUUGAAGAUCCUGAUGGAAUCUUUAACCAAUGGAGACGUCAAUGCAGUACAUGGAGCAAUGAGAGUUUUAUCGGAAUUCUGCCGGGAAGUAACUGAUACACAGAUGCCUCAGGUUGCUCCAGUUAUCCUGCCAGAAAUGUUCAAGAUAUUUAUGCACGCUGAUCGUUACAGUAUCCGCACUCGAUCUCGGGCUGUUGAUAUCGUCAAUACGUGUGCAGAUCUUAUUGGGACGAUGUCAGAGCUUCAUCGGAAUGCUGCCAAACAGCUGCUGUUCCCAGUCCUUCCACAGUUCACAGAGGCACUAGUUGAAGCUCUUCGAAUUCCUGAUGGACCAACCUCGGACAGUGGCUUAAAAAUGGAAAUUUUAAAGGCACUCACCACUUUACUGAAGAACUUUCCCAAGUUUAUGAAUCAGUAUCUGAGCCAGGUGCUUGCUCCUGUGUGGAAGACUUUGGAAGAAAGUGUCAACAUAUAUGUGGGUACUGUGGUGAACGACACAGAAGAUCAUGACGAUGUUGUGGACUCCGAUGGGGAAAUUUUAGGAUUUGAGAGCCUCGUCUUUAGCGUGUUUGAGUUCAUCCAUGGCUUGAUCGAUACUUCAAAAUUUAGGAACAUUGUCAAAAAAUACUUAGAUCAGCUUGUGUACUUUGUGAUAUUGUAUAUGCAGAUUACGGAAGAACAGGUGAAAAAGUGGACACAGAAUCCAGAUCAGUUUGUAGAAGACGAAGAUGAUGAUACAUUUUCGUACUCUGUACGGAUUUCUGCCCAAGAUUUGUUAUUGUCUCUUGCUCAUGAAUUCCCCACCCUCUCUGCGAAAGCCUUAUGUAAUGCCAUCUCCACUCAUAUAGAACAAGCAGAAGUCGCAAAGAAUUCUGGAAACAAAAAUUGGUGGAAGAUCCAUGAGUCGGUGUUACUAGCCAUGGGUAGUGUGAAGACCUUACUACUAGAUGCUAUAUCCAGUGGAAAGUUACAGUUUGAUGUGCCAAAGUUUCUCACAGUUGUGGUGCUAAAUGAUAUGAGUCUUCCAGAUCUACCUUUCUUAUUGGGGCGUUGUAUGUGGACGUCAAGUCGGUUUGCUGGAGGGAUGUCUCCACAACUUCUACAAAGAUUCCUUCACGUAACGGUCGAUGGCCUUCUACCUAAACAUCCUACCAGCGUACGAAUCUCUGCCGUCCGCGCAGUCUUCAACUUCUGUGAUUACUUGAAACAGACCAACCAGACAAACUUAAUAUCGCCAUGCCUUGCUCAUAUCAUGGUCAACCUGGUCGACAUCGGCAAAGGAUAUUCAUCCGAUGUGUUGGCGUUGUGUCUAGAGACGUUGACUGUAGUUAUAACGGUUGACAAGUCUUUCACUGCAAGCCAUGAGUCUCUCAUUGGACCUCUCGCCAUUGCCACGUUUAUAAAGUACAGCUCAGACCCUCUGAUUGUCAGUUUGUCACAAGAUAUCUUUAAAGAACUUUCACAGAAUGAGGCUUGUCAGGGCCCACUACAGCAGCGGAUUGUGCCGACUUUAGUUAGUAUAUUACAGGCACAUGGAAAAGCCACAGGGCCGAACGUUAUGCCUUCGACUUCAGUUGCAUUAGAAGUAGUAGAAACCUUAGUCAGGAAUAGUGUGGUGCCAUUACCAGAGCCUUUAGUAGUCCAUGCAUUCCCUGCUGUGUGUCGGUGUGUGCUCACCACUGAUGAUCAUUCUACUAUACAGUAUGGUGGUGAAUGUUUGCGGGCCUACGUCUCAUUAGCCUUGGAUCAAAUCACAGGAUGGCAUGACGAGCAAGGGCAUAAUGGUUUAUACUAUGUGAUACAGGCCGUCUCAAAAAUACUGGACCCAAAGACGGAUGAGAAUACGGCGACAUUUGUCGGUCGCUUGGUGUCUAUUUUAAUUGUUCGUCUCGGGAAUAACCUCGGAGAUAACCUUGACCUUAUGCUGCGGAUGGUGCUGAGUAAAUUGAUGCAGGCGGAGUCUCUUAGUGUGAUACAGAGUUUGGUAAUGGUGUUCGCCCAAUUAGUCCACCACCACUUAGAAGGUCUGCUCAACUUCCUGUGUUCUGUACCUGACCCCUCGGGCAAGCCAGCCCUGGAGUUUGUACUCAAUGAAUGGUUGGCUAAGCAGCACCUGUUCUUUGGGUCUUAUGAAGGAAAGGUUAGUACUGUUGCCCUUGCUAAGCUGCUGGCCCAUGCAAUCAAGACAGAUGACACACGAUUCCACCACAUUGAGGUGAAUGGUGAUCCCAUCCAUGAUCAAUCAGAGGUGAUCAGGACCAGAUCGAAAGCUGCUAAUGCUCCAGAACAGUGGACGAAGAUCCCAGUGUUGGUGAAGAUCUACAAGUUACUUAUCAACGAAUUAUCAAACCAACUCGAGACCAACAUGUCAACAAGGGUGUCAGCCGGUGAUGAUGAGUGUGAUGAGGAUGAUGUUUGGGAGGAUGAUGAUGAGGAGGAUGGCAACGAUAUCGAGGACUCAGAGCAGACGUUAGCCAGCGUGUUGUCACAUUUUGCACCAGCAGCAGAUUAUGCAGGUUUUGACCUAGAUGGUGCUGAUGAGGAUGAGGAUGAUGAUCCAGAUGUCAUGAAUGAUCCUAUCAAUCAGAUUGACUUGCAGGCUUAUCUCACCGACUUCCUCCUCGAUCUCUCAAAGCAGCAGUUCUAUGGAUUAUUCUCUCAGCAUCAUAACGACUUGGAGAAAAAGGUGCUGCAAUCAAUCGGCAUUCAAGGUUAACAGUGACUGCACAUCACUCGGAUAUCUUAUUUCACUCUUGGAGAAGGAGUGCUACAAUCAGUUGGCAUUUAAGGAUAUGGCAUCAAUUUAUGACUUGAAUUCGAAAUCUUGUCCUAGCUGAACCAAGUGGUCCUAGUCCUUCAUUACACUGUAGAAAAUCUUCCAAGAACGAGACUCUUGUCACAGGUGAACUUUUGCCUUGAACAGGACUAAUCAGAGCUCCGUCAUUGUACUUCCUUCAGGCAUCAUGCAGCCAUGUUCCCCUGUGGAUAUCUGAACACUGUCACCCUGGUUGUUCAUUGCCAAAUAGAAACAUUUCUGCAAAGACACUGUCACAACUGAACAUUUAGCUCUUUUAAUUGGACUAGAAUGUGCCUUAUAUGGGACAUUUUUAUGCUUGCUGUUAUUGGGAGAGAGUGUUGGUUCAUCUUGUUCUGACUGAAGUGUCAUUGGCAUGGAAAGAAAAUGUGAUUCAUUUCAUACGUUAUAUCACCAUUGUUCUCUAUGACAAUCUGAUGUCCUAUCAUGCUUGAGAUUGUGCUUGAAACCCAGCGAAGCAUGUGGGAUAUUCCAGUAAAAUGUUUAGUGAUGUACAUUUUAUCCACCAUAUUUUAUUUUGUUAUCAGUCGUCUAUCUUAGAAUGCAGCAUGCAGAAUGCACUGGGGGAUGACUCCUUGUCUGUUAGCCGUAGAUUUUAUCCCUCUGAGACCACAGUGGUCAAGAAUACAAAGAAAGCUGUGGUGGGUUUUGGGUUGAAAUCAAAACUAGUCAACCACUUUAGUGAACGUGAACCAAAACAAGCUUUGGAUGAAAUAAAAGUCUGCAGUAUGAUCCACCUAACAGCUUUCAGUUCUUGCCACAAAGAAAAUCGAAAGAGUUUCCUAGCAUUUAAUUUCCAUUUGUCCUUACCAGUUAAAACAUGGCGAGAGCUGGGGUUGGUAGGGUUUCUACAGCUCAUUGUACUGCUUUUUCAGUUGCCAUGCUUCAUUUCCAACUCGUAUAUGUAUCAAGGUAGCUGAAAUAGGGCAUUCUCUAAACCAUUGCCUUGGCUGUAAUAUAUAUAUCGCUUGGAAUAUGUUGUUUGUUAUUUGCCUGAUGCUGCUUCUUUUAUUUAUAUAAAA